AUGACCUCGCAAGCAUACCGUCUUCGCCCAGGCCGCAAAUCAGAGGCCUCCGGGAUUUGUACGGAUCUAUUCCUUGAUACUGUUGGGCGUGAUGCCCUAAUAGACAUCCUCUACCCCACCCGGCACAAGUUUCCCGUCGAGAAUGCUACGGACAUCCGCCGCCUCUUCUACAGGCGAACCUGGGAACCAAACUUCACCUUCACCGUCUGUGUUGACAGCGCCGACAAGCCUGUCGGGUUUUCGUUCUGGAAACGGCCUUUGAGUAGUCUGACCUUUUACGAGCGCUGGAUAUCGCCGUAUAACUGGUUCGGGUCUCUCGUCCGAGCCUUUCUCUCCCUUCGGGACUGGCUGCUCCCGCUACGCAAUCUUGACAAAAAGGCUGCGAAGACAUUCGUGCGCGUGUACGAACAAGUCACCCCUCAGUACCUGAAUACUGAUCAGAGGAAGAAUGCACACUACCUGAGCACCCUGGUCGUCGAGCCCAAGCUCCAGGGAUCUGGGCUUGGAACCGUCCUGCUCAAGGAUGGUCUGCGUAAGGUUGAGGAGGAAGACCCGAAUGCCCCAUCCUGGCUGGUCGGUGUCAAGGGCGUGGAGGGCUUCUACGGCCGCCAAGGCUUCGUGGAAGUUGGAAGGAUGAAUGUUGGAGAACUGUCACACUGGGGAGGCGGAGCUAUCAUGAUCAAAGAAUAG